AUGGAAUUUAAUAUCCCAUCCUUAAAAAAUUUUUUUGAUGCCUGGUUUGAAUCAAAAUUUUAUCCAUACUACAAAGUUCAUCAUCCAUCAACACAAAAAGAAAAAGUACUUGGAUUCCUCCGUAGCAAAAUAUAUGAAGAAUUCCAUAGAAGAUACUUUGAAAUUGUUACAUCACCUCCUUCUUGGGAUAGAUAUACAAUAAAUUCCCUUAAAACUAGACAAUAUGCAGUUUGUCAAAUGGCAAAUUGGCAUAUUAAAUAUUAUAAAUCAGAUGAAGGGUUUGAAACUCUCUGUGACAAAUACUGGAAACAAUCAUUUGAAAAAUUUCACAACCCUAAAACUUGCACACACUGUGGUGUAGAUUCAAGCUCAGAAAAAAAUAAGCACAAGAUAACAUGCCCAAUAUUUCAAUCCACAUUAACUCUCCCUACAAUUGAUUUUUCAAGUAUUGAUGCUAAUAUUCCAACUGCCAAAUUACAUGAAGCAGUUAAUUUAGCAGUUGAAAGAAUUGAUUUCAAAUUGUACUCUUCUCACAACAAACAAAAAAUAACAGGCUUUCUAUUUCAUGCCAAUAAACAAAUUCUUAUUAAUCUUAUCAUAAAAGAUUUUAUACCAAGUUUUGACAAAAGCAAUCAGGAUCAAGAUCACAGACAAAUACUUGAUGAUCAUCUUAAAUCACUUCAAACUUCUCCACCACGUUCAGCUGUUUUCAAUUAUUGUCAAGCAACAUUUGGAAAUUUUGCAACAAUAAAUGCUAGAGGAUUAAACACAAUUACCAAACAAAAUGCCAUUAACUCAUUAAUUAGUCACUACUCAAUAGAUGUUUUAGGUAUAUCAGAGACUAGAUUGCCUCCUAAAUCAGCAAAAUAUUGCUACCCAUUUCCCAAAGAUUAUCAUGGAUGGUGGGACUGUGAUCCUGAUCAUCCCAACAGUGCAGCAAUCUCAGAUCCCAACAUACUAAUUCCAGUUCAUAAUCAACCAAUCUCAUUCAUCAAUCAAAGCCUGCAAAAUAAUUUCUCUUUAAUUAUAAUGGGUGAUUUCAAUUCAGAUCCUAUAUUGCAUCACUCACUCUUUUCUGACAAUACACAUCAUACAUGGUCUAAUAGUAUCCAAUCAUCAAGGAUUGAUCAAAUUUGGAUAUCACCAUCAUUAUCACUUACACCAAUCUCAUUCAAAUCAAUUGAUAUUACUCCAUUUUACAAUGCUGAUCAUAAAUUAAUUAUAUCUUCAUUUGAGAUAUCUAACUUAACUUCACAACCAACAACACAUUCCAUAAAAACCAAUACAUUUUCAUGGCAAAUAUUUAACUAUUCAGCAACUACUUCUGAAACAAUGGACAAAGUUUGCAAACAAAAUAGACCUAAUGAUUGA